AUGGCGCUGCCCGCGCUGCUGCCGGUGCUGCCGCUGCUGGCGCUGCUGGCGCGGGCGGCGACACCACCGGAGCCGGUACCGGGGCCGGUACCGGCCGACCCCCCGCUGCCGGCGCAGCCCCCGGAUGCUCUGUUCGCCGCCGGCGCCGAGGCGUACGCUCGGGGCGACUGGCCCACCGUGGUGCUGCAGAUGGAACGGGCGCUGCGGGCCCGGGCGGCCGUGCGCUCCCGCUUGGUACGAUGUCGCCUGCGCUGCGCCAACGCCACGGCCGUACCGGCGGAGGGGGCCGAGCCCCAGCCCGAACCGGUGCUCCGCGACCUGCUCUUCUUCCGGGGGCUGCUGCGCCGCGCCGCCUGCCUGCGGGGCUGCGGGCCCGCCGCGCCCUCCCGGUACCGACUGAGCGACGAGCUGGACCGCGAGUUCAGCAAGCGCAGCCCCUACAACUACCUCCAGGUCGCUUAUUUCAAGAUGAACCGGCCGGCGCAGGCGGCGGCAGCGGCCCACACCUUCUUCGUGGCCAACCCCGGGCACCAGGAGAUGAGGCAGAACCUGGAGUACUACCACGCCAUGGCGGGGGUCCGCGAGGGUGACUUCACCGACCUGGAGGCCAAACCCCACAUGAGCGAGUUUCGGCUGGGUGUCCGGUUUUACACAGAGGAGCAGCCGGCCGCCGCCAUCCUGCACCUGGAGAAGGCGCUGGAGGAGUAUUUUGUGGCGGACGCCGAGUGCCGCGCGCUCUGCGAGGGACCCUACGACUACGAGGGCUACAACUACCUGGAGUACAACGCAGACCUUUUCCAGGCCAUCACAGAUCACUACAUGCAGGUGCUAAGCUGCAAGCAGGGCUGUGUUACGGAGCUGGCCUCCCAGCCCGGCCGGGAGAAGCCCUUGGAGGAUUUCCUGCCCUCGCACUUCAACUACCUGCAGUUUGCCUACUACAACAAUGGGAAUUACGAAAAAGCCAUUGAAUGCGCCAAAACCUAUUUGCUCUUCUUCCCAAACGACGAGGUGAUGAACCAGAAUUUGGCCUAUUACACUGCUGUCCUGGGGGAAAACCUGGCAGGACCCAUCCAACCCCGAGAGGAGAUCCAGGCAUACCGCGAGCGAAGCCUGAUGGAGAAGGAGCUGCUCUUCUUCAGUUACGACGUCUUCGGCAUCCCCUUCGUGGACCCGGACACAUGGACACCCGAAGAGGUGAUACCGAAAAGGCUGCGAGAGAAACAAAAGGUGGAGCGGGAGACGGCGGCGCGCAUUUCAGAGGAGAUCGGCAACCUCAUGAAGGAGAUCGAGACGCUGGUAGAGGAGAAGGCCAAGGAGUCUGCUGAUAUGAGCAAGUUCAUCCGAGAAGGUGGCCCCUUGGUGUACGAAGGAGCCAGUGUCACCAUGAACUCCAAGACCCUGAACGGCUCCCAGCGCGUCGUGGUGGACGGAGUCCUUUCCGCUGAGGAGUGCCGGGAGCUGCAGAGACUCACAAACGCAGCUGCCUCAGCCGGGGACGGCUAUCGUGGGAAGACAUCUCCCCACACCCCCAGCGAGACCUUCUAUGGCGUGACUGUCCUCAAGGCCCUCAAGCUGGGCCAGGAGGGCAAGGUGCCCCUGCAGAGCGCCUACCUCUACUACAACGUGACGGAGAAGGUGCGACGCAUGAUGGAGUCCUACUUCCGCCUGGAGGUCCCGCUCCACUUCUCCUACUCCCACCUGGUGUGCCGCACGGCCAUCGAUGAGAAACAAGAAGGCCGGAGUGACAACAGCCACGAGGUGCACGUGGACAACUGCAUCCUCAACGCGGAGGCCCUGGUGUGUGUGAAGGAACCUCCAGCCUACACCUUCCGGGAUUACAGUGCCAUCCUCUACCUCAACGGGGACUUUGAAGGAGGAGCUUUCUACUUCACCGAGUUGGAUGCCAAGACGGAGACCGCGGAGGUUCAGCCACAGUGUGGUCGUGCCGUGGGCUUUUCCUCCGGUUCAGAGAACCCCCACGGGGUGAAAGCCGUGACCAAGGGCCAACGCUGCGCCAUCGCCCUCUGGUUCACCCUGGACCCUCGGCACAGCGAGAGGGAGCGCGUGCAGGCGGACGACCUGGUGAAGAUGCUUUUUGGCACGGAAGAGGGGGAUUUGCUGCGGGAGCCAGAGCCGGAGCAGGAACCGCCGGCUGCUGUUGCGGUGGGGAAGGAUGAGCUGUAACGUCCCAUAGGGACCAGGACGUCCCUGCCGGGACCAGCGACACCAGCGUUGUGGCUUCAGGCUGCUCAGCCGUGGGGCUGCUGGACGGGACCCCCCUCUGCCCCCAGCCGACACGGGAUGGGGAAUUGGGGGAUGCCCUGCACCACCCCUGCAGCAUCCAGCAUCCUCCCUGCGGAGCUGCCGCUUGACCUGGGGGUGUCACAGAGACUCUGGGAGGGGUGACAUGGGGGACAAGGGAGGGAUGCUCUUUUGGGGGUGAGGACCCGGUGCCACGGUAGCACACACGUGCCUUUCCGCUCGGCUGAACCUGCGGCUAUUUAAGUGCCUUCUGCAGAAAAUGGGUGAAUAAAGGCGG